AGGCGCUUGACUCCGCCUCCUGGCGCUAGGUUCUGCCUGCGGCCGGGCGCUGGCUCAGUCUCGGCUGCUUGCCGCUGUCGCUCCGGGGCUGCGGGAUGACGCCUCCUCCUCCCGGACGUGCCGCCCCCAGCGCACCGCGCGCCCGCGUCCUCAGCCCGCCGACUCGGUUCGGGCUCCCGCUGCGGCAGCGACUGCUGCUGCUGUUCUGGGUGGCCGCCGCCUCCGCCCAAGGCCACUCGAGGAGUGGACCCCGCAUCUCUGCCGUCUGGAAAGGGCAGGACCAUGUGGACUUUGGCCAGCCUGAGCCCCACACCGUGCUUUUCCAUGAGCCGGGCAGCUUCUCUGUGUGGGUGGGUGGACGUGGCAAGGUCUACCUCUUCAACUUCCCCGAGGGCAAGAAUGCCUCUGUGCGCACGGUGAACAUCGGCUCUCCGAAGGGGUCCUGCCAGGACAAGCAGGACUGCGAGAACUAUAUCACUCUCCUAGAGAGGCGGGGAAAUGGGCUGCUGGUCUGUGGCACCAAUGCCCGGAAGCCCAGCUGCUGGAACUUGAUGAAUGACAGUGUGGUGUUGCCACUUGGUGAGAUGAAAGGCUAUGCCCCCUUCAGCCCGGAUGAGAACUCCCUGGUUCUGUUUGAAGGGGAUGAAGUGUACUCUACCAUCCGGAAGCAGGAAUACAAUGGGAAGAUCCCUCGGUUCCGCCGCAUCCGGGGCGAGAGUGAGCUGUAUACCAGCGAUACAGUCAUGCAGAACCCCCAGUUCAUCAAGGCCACCAUUGUGCACCAAGACCAAGCCUAUGAUGAUAAGAUCUACUACUUCUUCCGGGAGGACAAUCCUGACAAGAACCCAGAGGCUCCUCUCAAUGUGUCCCGAGUGGCCCAGUUGUGCAGGGGCGACCAGGGUGGUGAGAGUUCUUUGUCGGCCUCCAAGUGGAACACCUUCCUGAAAGCCAUGCUGGUGUGCAGUGACCCAGCCACCAACAGGAACUUCAAUCGACUGCAGGAUGUCUUCUUGCUCCCUGACCCCAGUGGCCAGUGGAGGGACACCAGGGUCUAUGGUGUUUUCUCUAACCCCUGGAACUACUCAGCUGUUUGUGUGUAUUCUCUUGGUGACAUCGACAAAGUCUUCCGUACCUCUUCACUCAAGGGCUAUCACAUGGGCCUUCCCAACCCUCGACCUGGCAUGUGCCUCCCCAAAAAGCAACCCAUACCAACGGAAACCUUCCAGGUUGCUGAUAGUCACCCAGAGGUGGCACAGAGGGUGGAGCCCAUGGGGCCACUGAAAACACCGUUGUUCCACUCUAAGUACCAUUACCAGAAGGUGGUCGUCCACCGCAUGCAAGCCAGCAAUAGAGAGACCUUCCAUGUCCUUUAUCUAACCACAGACAGGGGCACUGUUCACAAGGUGGUGGAAUCAGGGGACCAGGGACACAGCUUCGUCUUCAACAUCAUGGAGAUCCAGCCCUUCCACCGUGCAGCUGCCAUCCAGGCCAUAUCAUUGGAUGCUGACCGGCGGAAGCUAUACGUGAGCUCCCAGUGGGAAGUGAGCCAGGUGCCCCUGGAUAUGUGUGAGGUCUACAGCGGGGGCUGCCAUGGCUGCCUCAUGUCCCGAGAUCCCUACUGCGGCUGGGACCAGGAUCGCUGCGUGUCUAUCUACAGUUCCCAACGGUCAGUGCUGCAGUCUAUUAACCCAGCUGAGCCACACAAAGACUGCCCCAACCCCAAACCAGACGAUGCCCCACUGCAGAAGGUUUCCCUGGCCCGAAACUCUCGAUACUACCUGACCUGCCCCAUGGAGUCCCGCCACGCCACCUACUUAUGGCGCCAUGAGGAGAAUGUGGAACAGAGCUGUGAACCAGGCCACCAAAGCCCUAGCUGCAUCCUUUUCAUCGAGAACCUCACAGCCCGUCAGUAUGGUCACUACCGCUGUGAGGCCCAAGAGGGUUCCUACCUCCGUGAGGCUCAGCACUGGGAGCUGCUGCCUGAGGACAGAGCCCUUGCCGAACAGCUAAUGGGCCAUGCUCGGGCCCUGGCCGCCUCCUUCUGGCUGGGAGUCCUGCCCACACUCAUACUUGGCCUGCUGGUUCACUAGGGCUUCUAGGAGCGUGGGGCACCCCAGGCUUCUGUAACCCAGGAGUA